UCGUGACAAACGACACAAGCCAGGCGGUCUAAAACCUCUUUAAAACCCUCUCACCGCUUCCCUGAUCCCCCCUUCGAACAUCCACCUAAACCCUAAUACCUUCACACCCUAUCACCAUGUCGACGCCGCCGGCCAUUUCCUCCACCUCGCCCACUUCCGAAAGGAAGCAUAAGAAGAAGAAGAAGGACAAGAAGUCCUCCUCCGCCGCAGCCGCGGAGGCUGCCAAUGGAGGCGACGAAGCCCCCAUCUCCCCCGCCGCCGACUCCAUCGAUGACGAUCCGUUCCAGAAGGACUACCUCAUCAAGCCCCAGUCGUUUACCCCCUCGAUUGACACGUCCAAGUGGCCAAUCCUCCUCAAGAACUACGACCGCCUCAACGUCCGCACCGGCCACUACACCCCACUCCCCGCCGGCCACUCCCCUCUGAAACGCCCCCUCCCCGAGUACCUCCGCUAUGGCAUCCUCAACCUCGACAAGCCCUCCAACCCCUCCUCCCACGAGGUUGUCGCCUGGAUCAAGCGCAUUCUCCGCGCGGAGAAGACCGGUCAUAGCGGCACACUCGACCCCAAGGUCACCGGCAACCUAAUCGUCUGCAUCGACCGCGCCACCCGCCUCGUCAAGUCCCAGCAGGGCGCCGGCAAGGAGUACGUCUGCGUCGCCCGCCUCCACUCCGCCGUCCCCGAUGUCGCCAAGGUCGCCCGCGCACUCGAAACCCUCACCGGUGCUGUUUUCCAGCGGCCGCCACUCAUCUCCGCCGUCAAGCGCCAGCUCCGGAUCCGGACCAUAUAUGAAAGCAAGCUCCUUGAGUUUGAUCCUGAUAAGCAUCUCGUGGUUUUCUGGAUUUCGUGCGAGGCUGGCACGUAUGUUCGGACUCUCUGCGUUCAUCUGGGCUUGAUCCUUGGUGUCGGAGGGCAUAUGCAGGAGCUGCGGCGGGUGCGGUCCGGGAUCCUCGGAGAGAAGGAUAACAUGGUGACCAUGCAUGACGUACUGGACGCCCAGUGGGUGUAUGAUAAUUUUAAGGAUGAGAGCUAUCUGAGGCGGGUGGUGAUGCCGCUAGAGGUAUUGCUCACGAGUUACAAGAGGCUGGUGGUGAAGGACUCGGCUGUCAAUGCUAUCUGUUACGGUGCGAAGCUGAUGAUUCCUGGUCUGCUGAGGUUUGAGAAUGAUAUUGAGGUUGGGGAGGAGGUCGUGCUGAUGACUACGAAAGGGGAGGCGAUUGCACUUGGGAUUGCAGAGAUGACGACUGCUGUGAUGGCGACUUGUGAUCAUGGAUCGGUGGCGAGGAUUAAGAGGGUGGUAAUGGAUCGAGACACUUACCCGAGGAAGUGGGGGCUGGGGCCGAGGGCAUUGAAGAAGAAGAAGAUGAUUGCGGAAGGGCUGUUGGAUAAGCAUGGGAAGCCAAAUGAGAAGACACCAGCAGAAUGGCUUCGAAAUGUGGUGCUGCCGACUGGAGGGGACACAAUGGUCGCAGGUCUUGCAGCAGCACCAGAGUCGGUGGCACUGAAAGUGGGGGCUGCAGUUGAAGAAGGAAAGGAAGAGAAGAAAAAGAAGAAGAAGCAAAAGGAUGGGAAUGAAGGCAAUGAAGGGCGGAAGCGUAAAUUGGAGGAAGGAGGUGAAAGCCCUGUUGCUAAGAAGGCCAAGGUUGAGGAAGUUCAGGAUGCUAUGGUCCCGGAUGAAGGGAAGAAGGUGGAGGUUGAGGAAGUGUUGGUUAAAGAGGAGAAGAGUGAGAAGAAGAAAAAGAAGAAGAAGAAAGACAAGGAGAAAGGAAAAUUGGUAUUGUCUGAUGAGGAGAAGGCAGUAGAAAAGGAAAAGAUGAAGAAAAGCAGUAAAGAUAAGAGUGAACUGGGAUCAUCUGAUGAGGAGAAGGAUGUGGGGGAGAAAAAGAAGAAAAAGAAAAAGAGUAAAGAAGGUGAUGAUAGUGGGGAACAUGAACUACGUAGCAGCACAGGAGAUGACAGUGGAGAAGCAGUGAAAAGUGAGAAGAAGAAGGAGAAGAAAAAGAAGCAUCGGGAUGCAGAGGACACAGCAUGAGUGGAUGAAAUGUGUCUUUGGGAUGUCAUCUUCAGGCAAGAAGAUGUUUUAACCACUUCCCAUGUGGAAACUGGAUAAUUACAAUUGUUGUGGGGCAUGAGCAGAAUGGAGACCAACAAAAAUUCUAGCUUUUCUGCAAAGAAGUACCUGGCUUUUGUCUUGUGCCAUUUCUGCAAAUUCGGGAAAGAUUACCACAAUCACCAUCACAGUUUAAAAAAACACUUCCAUGCAGUUCGUAUGUUCUCAAAACAACUACCUGGCUUUUAAUUGUCUUGUUCUUUUUCUACAAAUUCAAGAAAGAUCGCCACAAUCACCAUUGAAGUUUACACACAACCAGUUCCAUGCAGUUCUCAUAUUUUCAAGACAACCACCUCUCAUAGACAGCCAGUUUGCGGUGCUUUCACUGUAUUCACACCAAUUAUUCCAAUACAAAAACAUUCCAUAUGUUCUUACCCUUAAAAAGAAAAAUGUCUGUGCUAUCUAAUAUACUAUCUUUGGCCUAAGCUCUUGUGUACAUGCCUCUAGAACAGAACAGAAUUGAAUCCAAAUAAUAGAUCGCCUUGUGUGCAAA